UAUAUAUAGCAUAGGAUCACCACUACUGGUUAAAGAGACUUGUCGAGAGAUAGUGGGUGUGGGUGAAAGGGUACAUCUACGACAACGACUACGAAGAUGGAGAGAUCUAUGGGUGUUUGUGUAGUUGUAGCGGUGUUGAUGAUGGUGAUCGGUAGUAGUACUGCUGUUUCUGCUGAGGGUAAGAGUAGCAAAUUCCAGUACUACAGCCAGAGACACAGGAGAAAUCUGCUUGCCAAUGGGCUUGGCUUGACUCCUCAAAUGGGGUGGAAUAGUUGGAAUCACUUCCAAUGCAAUAUCGAUGAGAAAGUCAUCAAAGAAACUGCUGAUGCUCUGGUCUCCACUGGUCUUGCCAAGCUUGGAUAUAUCUACGUUAAUAUAGAUGAUUGCUGGGCUGAAAUACAUCGUGAUGACAAUGGUAAUCUAUUGCCUAGGAAUUCAACAUUUCCAUCUGGCAUUAAAGGUGUUGCAGAUUACGUUCACAGCAAGGGCCUUAAGUUAGGAAUCUACUCAGAUUCAGGUUAUUAUACUUGUAGCAGGACUAUGCCUGGUUCACUUGGUCACGAGGAGCAAGAUGCCAAAACUUUUGCUUCAUGGGGUGUUGAUUAUUUGAAGUAUGAUAACUGUUACAAUGAUGGAACAAAGCCAACUGUUAGAUACCCUGUAAUGACUAGGGCACUAAUGAAAGCAGGUCGUCCAAUCUUUUUCUCACUUUGUGAAUGGGGGGACUUGCACCCUGCUCUAUGGGGUUCUAAGGUUGGAAAUAGCUGGAGAACUACUAAUGACAUUGCUGAUAAUUGGGCAAGUAUGAUCUCUAGAAUAGAUGCAAAUGAUGUAUAUGCUGAUUAUGCUAGGCCUGGUGGUUGGAAUGAUCCUGACAUGCUUGAGGUGGGAAAUGGAGGGAUGACAAAUGAUGAAUAUAUAGCGCACUUUAGUUUAUGGGCUAUUUCCAAGGCUCCCCUUAUCCUUGGUUGUGAUGUGAGGAACAUGACAAAAGAGACAUUUGAUAUCAUUUCCAAUAAAGAGGUUAUUGCAGUUAAUCAAGAUCGACUUGGUGUACAAGGUAAAAAGGUUAGGAUGGAAGGUGAUAUUGAGAAUUGGGCGGGGCCUCUUUCGGGUUAUAGGUUUGCUCUAGUUCUGCUCAACCUAGGCCCUGUGCGUCGUUCAAUUACAAGCCUUUGGGAAGACAUUGGAAUCCCUGAAAACAGUGUUGUUGUAGCAAGAGAUGUUUGGGAGCACAAGACACUGAAGACACGAUUCGUUGGAAACUUGACAGCCACCGUGCCAUCUCACGGAUGCAAAAUGUUUGUGUUGAAGCCAAUUGCUUGAUGUCACACUUGGCAUUGCUCUCUUCUAUAUGUUCUUCCUGUUAAUUCCAAGCUACCUGAUGCUGUAGUGUGAGAGAGUAUUGAGAUUUUACAAAUGUCUCUUUUCUACGGGUUCAUGUAACGAAAAUUUUACUGGAAUAAAGAAGGAAAAAAUGGAGGAAGCAAAAGUUUCGUCUUCCGUUAAAAUGAGCAAAA